AUGCUAAACCACACUCAUAUUACUCUUGUACCUAAGAUUAAAAACCCUGAAUGUGCUUCUGAUUAUCGACAUAUAUCUCUUUGCAAUGGGUUAUAUAAAAUUGUGGCUAAGAUCCUGUCAAAUAGAAUUAAGCAAUAUUUAGACAGAUUCAUAAGUUGGUCUCAGAAUGCCUUCGUUCCAGGAAGACAAAUCUUGGACAAUAUAAUUGUGGCAAAGGAAUUACUUCAUACUAUGAACAACUCUUAUGCUGCGAAUGAUCACUUUGCCUUGAAGGUUGAUAUGUCAAAGGCAUAUAACAGGGUUAAUUUGUCCUUAUUGGGUGACAUGCUUCAUUUAAUGGGAAUUCAAGGUAUGGCUCAUUCCUUAAUUAUGAACUAUGUGAUUACUCCUUCAUUCUCCGUUAAUAUUAAUGGUUCUCUUCAAGGAUUCUUCAAAAGUAAGAGAGGAAUUAAGCAAGGUUGUCCUCUCUUUCCAUCUCUAUUUAUCAUUUGUUCACAAGGUCUGUCCAUUCUCAUGCACCAAUAUGAAAGUCAAGGUCUGGUGAAUGUACUUAACUUGAAGAAGAUAUUGGAAGAAUAUGCUGAAACGUCUGGCCAACAAAUCAAUUACACUAAAUCUGCUAUUCACUUUAGUAGAGGGUUAUCUGAAAUUAGGAGGCAGUCCACUAUACAAGAUCUUGAGUCAGGGUGGAGACAACAUAUUCUAAAUUUGGCAGGCAGAAAUGUUCUUUGCAAAUCCUCUUUAUCAUCCAUUCAUAUCCAUGCAAUGGGAAUCUGCUUACUUCCAGCUGGUGUGACAAAUCAUAUUGAUAAAAUACAGAGAUGUUUUUGGUUGGGUCAUUCACCUGAGGAGAGGAAAAUGCAUUUUAUUAACUGGCAGAAAAUGGGUCUUCAAAAAGAUUCAGGGGGUUUGGGAAUCCGUAGUGCAGAAAUGAUGAAUAAAUCUCUCAUAUGUAAACUGGUCUGGAGAUUUUUGGAAGAAGAUGAUGUAAUGUGGGUGCAACUUUUAUCAGUGAAAUAUUUAGGUGAUUCUUCAUAUUGGACUAUAGCUCCAAAUAACAAGGCUUCAGCUAUCUGGAAUAGUAUGCUUGAGGUAAGGCCGAUAUUGGAGAAUAGGAUUUUCUGGCAAGUGGCGAAUGAUGUAAAAAUCAGAAUCUUUGAAGAUCCCUGGUUACUAGGCUACAUCGACCAUCUACUUUCGAGGAAUAUAAACCCCACUUCUAAUGCUUACAUGUUCUCAGAUAUUACUGACCCUGUAAAUAAUUCUUGGAGAACUGACUUAUUACAUGAUUUGUUCUCGCCUGAUAUAAUUCAAAAGAUAACUGAAAUUGUUCCGAGCUCUGAAGAAGCAGAUAUUUUAACUUGGUCCUGCACUACUGCAGGUAAUUUCUCGGCAAAAUCAUGUUAUCAUCUUUUAGCAAAUGAUAUUCCAGUAUCAUCGGCUUUAAGUCAAUUCCCAUAA